AUGCCUCUUUUCCGAAUGAAGACGGUGUUUCCGUUUUUAGCGUUGGUCUCGAUUGGGUUCUUUUUCUGGUGCAUGCAACGGUACGACCGGGCGGCCCUGCUGCAAAUGAAAAAUGCCGGAGACGCCAUCUCCUUCAACCACAAUAAGGCGGCAAAAUCGCAAUCCCAGCAGUCGCUGUCAGGGGGGAAGGCUUGUGAAGUAGACCCGAAGGUGGCUGCUCCGUUGCCUUUCUCUGAAUGGCUGCCGCGCAAGAACUACACCCGGGCCUACUUCCGCCCCCACUACGUGGCCCCCGAGACUGAGUUCCGCACGCUGGAGGAAAUUGAGAAGCCUGUGCUCCCGCCCAUGGUGGCCAUGGAGCGAGGCAUGAUCGUAUCCCCGGACAACAAUGCCGACAACUUUGUUUGUCCGGAGAUCAUCGACAUCGAUGUCGCCGCAGAUGAAGACGUUGAGGAGACCUCCAAGAUCCUGUUUGGUUUGGCUACCACCGUCGACCGUCUCGAUAUGCUGCUCCCGUCCCUCCUAUAUAGUUACGGAAACACCAAGGCCGGUCUCCUGGUUCUGGUGCCUGAGUCCGACGAUGACCUGGAGAAGCAAGAAACCUACUUCCGCAACCGCGGUCUGGAUGUUACCCUGAAGGCGUCUCCGCUCGACUUUACCGCUCGCUACUUUGGUCUAGUGGAAGCGAUGAGCGAGCACAUUCGGAAGCACCGACCCCAGACCACGUGGCUGGGAUUCAGUGACGACGACACUUUCUUCUUGUCACUUCCCACCAUUGCCGAGGAACUAAAGCUGUUCGAUGCAUCGAAAAGACACUACAUCGGCGCUCUUUCCGAGGCUUCGUGGCAAGUCGACGCCUUCGGUCACAUCGCAUUCGGCGGUGCCGGCGUGUUUGUGUCCAAGCCUCUGCUCGAUGUGCUGAUGAAGUACUACGACGAGUGCCAGUCCUGGGGCGAACAGCCUGGUGAUCAGAAACUCGGCCAGUGUAUUCAGCGAUUCGGUGAUACGCCCCUGACCCUCUGGCCGUCGCUCUUCCAGAUGGAUCUCAGUGACCCGGUCGACGGCUUCUACGAGUCUGGCCGCAAGAUCGAGUCCGUGCACCACUGGAACAGUUGGUACUCCAAGGAUGUGGUGAAGAUGACCACCGUAUCCGCCGUUGCAGGCCGGAAAUCUGUUCUGCGCCGAUGGGUGUUUGAUCAGGAGGAGACUGUCAACCAAGCCACAGGCGAGACACUCCGCCACUUCUGGGUCUUGAACAACGGACACUCAAUGGUCAAGUACACCUAUGACGCGUCUGUGCCAAACGACGCCAUCAACUUUGAUGCGAUGGAGAAGACGUGGCCGGAAGAUCCGCGCGGCUAUGAAGACCGCCUGGGUCCGCUGCGACCGGCCGAGGACGAAGGCAUCAACCGGGACCGCUGGCUGCUCAAGGAUGCCUUCGUGGUGGGUGACAAUGUGCACCAGUUAUAUGUGCGCGAGGAAGAUGAAGGCCACAGCCUCAUCGAAAUUGUUUGGCUCGGGGUCAAGGACGGCGGUGGUGCAGGUGUCAGCGAUCAUUAUAUUCGGGGCACCUACCAGCAAUGA